GCUCCAGAUGGUCUUCAAAUCAACCCCCAGGAAGGUUAACAGCUGAUCCAGAGACAUGCGCAGUCGAUGGCCAAAGGCAAAAAAGGCGCAGCCAGUGCUGCGAAUACAUAUUGAUUUUAUGUCGCCUAUUCAGUAGUUGUAACAAUUGUGAGUUUACACAGCUCCUAGAAGCUAGGUGGAAAAACCCCAGCCACAAAUUGGCGAAAUCGGCCGAGGUAAUCCGCACUAUCAUCCCAAUGGAUGGGUCAUCGAAAUCGAAGGGAAAACAAAAACAAAUCAACGUGUUAACUGAUACUGGACGAUAUACAAAUGCGUGCACAUCCAGAACGUAAUUGAAAAGACUGACAUCAGAUUUUUGUGUCCCACGAAAGUCUUUGGAUUUUAAAGUUGAACUUGGAAUAGAAACCUUGCCAGUUCUCCUAAGGAAUCGAAGGAACAGUAUUUUGUCUUACACACAGAGAGAGAGAGAGAGAGAUUUGAACGGGCUGCCAACAUGGAGAUACCCAUUUCGAACAUCUUACUCCUGUGUCUGAUCUUUCUGCUAAUUGGCGGUGUGGUCAUGAUCCUGCUGCAAUACCUCAUCUUCAUCAAGUUCUCCAAUUUGCCGGAUGAAAGCGAAGAGCAGAAGCAGAUGAACGCCAAAUAUACCCUGCCAUUGAACAUUAAGCAAACGGCUCGGAACCUGAAGAGGCUGUCCAAUUCCGGUGUAGGAGCUGGAGCUGGAGCUGGUGCUGGUAAUGGAUGUGAAAACCAUCAGGAGAGUCUAAGGAGAGCCUCUGCUUUGGUCUCGCUUAACUUCGUUAUGCAGUUCCUCUUCCAUGAGUUCAAGAACUCCAACCGGGUGCGGAAAUGGUUCUACCGCAAGCUGUCCAUCGAACUGGACGAACUGAUUACUAAGACUACCACCGGAAAACUUCUUGACAAGCUUACGAUAAAAGAACUUGAGCUGGGUGACCAGUUCCCUGACGUCAGAUCCCUAUCGGUGCACAAUGUGGAGUUGGACAAGGACGAACAGCGCAUCGAGAACCUUGAUCUGCUGCUGGACAUAAAUUAUGUGGGCAACUUUACAACUUCCAUUGAUGCGGACAUGGUGCUGGGCAAGAAAGGAUCGAUAACGCUUAAGGUUAAGCAGCUGUCGGGAAUGGCGCGUCUGCAGUUCACGAGAAAACCCUACACGCACUGGUCAAUUAGUUUUCUGGGUGACCCGGAGCUUAUCCUGGAUAUUGAGUCAAAGUACCAGGGACGGCAGAUGCAGUCGAAUAUAACCAAUCUAAUCUCAAAUCAAAUCCGGAAGGCAGUCCGUCGGAAACACACGUUGCCCAAUUACAAGCUACGCUACAAGCCCUUCUUUCAUUGGACAGCGGAGGAGGAUGCCGGCGACUGUGAUAUCCAGCCUAAUGGCUUACUCACAGUCAAGCUGGCGGAAUUGUCACGGCUAAUGGGCUAUCCGGGAGCCAGUGAGACCUACUGCACCAUUACCCUAGCCCCAGUGCCCUUUAUCGAGGCCAAUCAGCGGGACAGCCGGAAUGUACUCAUAUCGAUGGAUGUUUUCAUUCACAAAGCGAAGAACCAGCAAAUCGGCAUCGUCUUCAAGCAGAGCGGCAGUCAGGUGGUCAGGAUUGAAUCGGUGCUACCGAAUACUCCGGCCUGUAAGUCUAACUUGCAGGCAGGAGAUGUUCUGGUGGCCAUUGAAGGCAAGCCAGUGACCACCAUUCAGCAGAUUGCCAAGGUGGUCAAGACGCUGCAGGCCACUGUUUUUAGUUUACGAAUUGAACGGAUCAUUCCUGGAAUCAUUCGCAAUGAUGCUAUCCUGGAGGACUUUGACAAAUACGAUGAUUUAGGAGACCUUCCCAAUCUGUGUCAGCCGAGAGUGGAAGCUGAUGAAACUGCAGCGGUGCCUGAUCCAGGACCCAAGCAUCUGGUCGUCAAGCCGGGCUUAAGUGGAACACCCACUAACUCACCCAAGAAAUCUAACCUUAUAGCCAAGGCUAUCAAGAAGACUAUGAGCCGCGAGAGUGGGGAUAAGGACAAGGAUCGGGAUAAGGAUAAGGAUAAAGACAAGGAUCGGGACAAGGAUAAGGACAAGGAUAAGGACAAGGACAAGGAUAAGGAUAAAGAUAAGGACAAAGACAAAGCCAAGGAUGAGGCAGAGGAGCCGGUCAACUAUUUCUACCAGCACUCCACCAUCGACUGUGCUUUUAGCCCACUUAUCCACAUGGACGACGUCUGCAGCUUCCAGUUGGACAACUCCAGUCGCUUCCUCAACGUGUGCGUCUUUGGCAAAUCCGCCGGCGAGAGUGUCCUCCUGGGUUACAACAAUGUUCAGAUCGGUCAGAUCCUAGUCGAGUGCUCGGAAACCAGUUUAAACCAGUGCCUCAAGCAGAUUAGUCUCAACCCAGCAUCACUGCAGGCUGUGAAGAUGCAUCCUCUGUCCAAUCAGUCUGGCUUCAAUCCAAACCUCUGCUUCGGCGACAUUCUGUUCGGUUUCUCUUGGUUAGGUAAUCCCAAUUUGACGGUGGGCGAUGGUCCUAUCAAGAGUGGCUCCAAGUCUCAGUCGCCGGCUAGAAACUUAUCAGCUGGCGAGCGUUUGCCACCAGAGGAUCAGUCCCACGAGGCAGCAUUCCUAAAGCAAUCCAGCUCCUUGGCGGACAGCUCCACAUCCGGGGACUCCUCGAGUGCGACAACUGCCGUGCCAAGGGCACAUGACUUUGUGAGGACCCACUUCCAUCGGGCCACGCAGUGCGACUUUUGUGGGAAGAAAAUCUGGCUUAAGGAUGCCAUGCAAUGCCAGGAGUGCUCCAUGUGCUGCCACAAGAAGUGCAUAGUCAAGUGCCAGAUGGCCACCGUUUGUGGCCCAGUCGACUGUUCCGGCUCCAUACCUGCAGCAUCGUCUACGCCUGCGAUGACCAGCCGGCCGGAGUUCACAAUUACCCAGGCUGACAACUCAGAGAUUCUUGAUGCCAACACGAGUGCGGCGCUUUUAGAUGAGGCAUCGGCCUCGUCUUCUGGCGGGGAUCAGGCCCAAAUCCAAGCGCCGUCGGCUGCUAACCUCGAUGUCCAUCGAUCCAGCAUCACCGGAAUGCUGGCUCAGGGCAUCAAGCGGCAGGCAAGCAACCUGGACAUACCCGGCAUUGUGUCCUCUCUAACUGGCAGUGGUCAGCAGAUAAACUCCAAGAGCCUACCUCCGAGUCCCCAGCACACGCCAUCGAGAAAAUCUUCGAUAGUGGAAGAGGCGGCUCCUAUUCUGCACCAGAAUCCUUUCGAGAGCGUUACCCAGCAUUUGGAGGCUCUGCCCAUGGAUUGUCCGGAACUCAGUUUCGAGCAAGUAAUUGUCAUCACCGAGCCCAUCAUUCGCCAUACCCGCAACGAGGAUCUGAUGAAUCUGGCCAAGAGUACCAGCAAACAUUUAUACGUUAGCUUUCCGCCCGACGAGCGAGUGGCCAAAAUAAACGAGUUGCUUACAAAACUAAAGGUAGCACUAGAUGCCGAAACUGAAGGAUAUACCCUAAUGAACGAUGCCGAGAAGGCAACGGAAUCGUCGCCCUGGAAAUCGGACAGAUCGGAUGAGAGGGUACAGGCCCUGAGCAUUAUAAUGCUAUACCUGUGCACGGGUCUACAGCAUGCACAGGGAGUGGGCCUGCAAUAGAUCUAAGAACUAAAGUCAAUGGUUAAAUACUUGUGUAUUCGGUGAACUCGUAAAUAAUCUUAAGUAGUAGACUGGAAAUGUGUUAGUGAACUAAUAUGGGCAUUUUUAAUUCGUGUUGUGGCAUACUUAACUAGAAGUAUUUCAAUUUUAGCCAUUUGUUUCAAAUCAAAAUACGCUUAUUUGUCAGUUUUGAAACAGAUUUGUACAUACUAAAUAUUAAUAAUUGUGGGAUUAACCCGAAACUCAAUACAAAACAUCAAUGGUAUCUAAUAGAGUUCAAACUCGUUUUGGCAAAUAAAAUUUUUUAACCAAAUGUUCAUUAAGUUCUUUCACAUUUUUUGAUGAUAUUUCAAUUAUUAUUU